UACAGGGGGAGGGGAGGAGAGCGGAGGAAAUAAGGAUUUUGCUCCUCUUCUCUAUAGAUUGCUAACCCUUUUAGAAACACACCCUCACACUUCACGCCCUAAUAUCGCACUGAGCUUUCAUCUUGUUCUGUCCGUUGCUCGCUAGCCCAGCGAUCAUCUCCUCCGCCGCCACCAGUUGCCAUCGCAAACGAUUUUUCAGUUCAGACAGCUGUGUUUUCCUUGUAAUUGCAUCAUGAGUUUACUGGAGGUCAUUAAGAAUGCUUCAGUCAAUCCGAAGCUGCAUGAUUCACCACCAGACUACCCAAUUGUUAUAAACACAGAUAAUAUUAUCCCAAAUUUAAAGCCCGAACGAGAGGAAGAAAUAAGCUCAUCAUCCAUCCUAAAACCUCUCACUGGAUGGAAUAUCUCGCAGACUGAUGCUGAACAAAUUGCUAUUGGCAAUAAGUUCUUUGUGGAGCUAAAGACAAAGCUCAAGACUAGUGACUUUGAUAAGGGCAAGUUUGUCAGUAGUUUGAAUUCAUACCUUGAAAACAUUAGAGACAAUGUAGGAGUUUCAAGUGGGAUUGAUUCGUCCAAUAGUGAUUAUACAAAGAUCUUGAUUGACAAACUUCAUUUUUUCAUUGCUAAAAACGUAGCUGGCCUGAUUUUGGAAGGGUGUGUUUCUUUGGAGAUAUGGGAACUAGUUGAGACUUUGAUUGUUAAUGGUAUUAUUGAACGUUCUGCUUAUUCAAACUUGGUUUCUAGACUAAUGGAGAAGAGGAGGUCCGAUUUGCUCUGCUUGUGCAUCAAGCAUGCAUUGGAUCUUGGAUCAUCUGAAAUGCUCUGCAUUCUGAGGUAUUUUCUUUCUCCACCAAAAGGUGCUUUUGACAGUAUGGAAGUUGUGAGAAAAGAGUGGGAGAGCCAAGCUCUGUUAGCUCUGGAGAAAGCAAAGGAUCGCAAGGGAAGGGAUUUGCCUUUGGCAAAGGAGGCUGCUGGUUUGCUUAUGCUGGCACAUGAUGGGUUCUCUAGAUCUGAGCUUUGCCUGCAUUAUUUGUUUGCAUCAUCUAACGCCAAUAGAGAUAUAUCGUCUCCUUCAUUUAGCAAGUUGAAUGGCAAACAGAUGAUGAGUUUGAUUCGGUAUUUAACAAAGUGGUUGAGGAAAUAUCAGAGGUUUCCACAAGUGGGGCCAUGUCCAAGUGCCUCAGCAACAUUGGGUCUGAAGGCUUGCGAUUGGGUUCCUAAGCUUGAAGUCAUUGGGAAAUGUCUUGGUUUGGUGCUUGAUGUGAAUUUUGCUUCAUUGGUGAUGUAUCCAGAAUUCCAUGAGGAGCUGAGAUUAGCAGACGACAUUGUUAGUUCUUUGACUGAUGAAGCCAAAUUUUGUUGCACGCUUGCUGAAGUAGCGGACAAAUUAUUGGGUGAAGCUAAGGGUGGAAAGAAAUAAGAUUUGCCCUAAUAUUCGUUACCCUACUGUGCUAGGGCUUUUGUAGAACCAAUUCAGUGCGUGUUUAAUUAGAAAUGAAAUUUGCUGCUCGCUUUUGUUUUGCUUUGUUUUUUCAAAAUACAUCGCAUGGUAUAGUUCUAUAUAAAUUGCUAUAUUCGGAACGCAAAUUUUUGUUACGAAACAAAAAAAAUAAAGACAUCCUUAGAAGAUUUUCUUGAA